CAGAGCUUGCUUUAUUCCUCAGCAGCCUUUCUACAGACUGGUGGAUUCAGUCACAGUUGAAAAUUGUGGAACUGUGGUUUGUUUCGGAAAGAGAAGAAAGGAGAGUUUAAGUAUUGCUUUGGCAGCAGAUGGCUCUGCUUUGGAUUCUUUUAUACACAAAGGAGAUGUGUUUGCUGGCUUUGUAAUUAACUCAAAAAGGAAAAAGACAAAUUGUGAAAGGCAGUGUGGAUAUGACUUGAAUUUUUCAUCAGGCUCUCAACACUAUGGUAUUUAUUACUAGAGGUGAAGAAUGACCUCCUUCCAGCUAGUUUCCCAAUAAUUCCUACUUCAAAAAGGAAUUAAGGUUGGAAACAACCUCUUUCUGGCCAGAGAGCUGGUGAGCCUUUGAUUUAAGAUUAACUUUUUAACUCAGUGAUAAAUUCAGACCCAUCAAGAUAUUCUGCUGAAGCCAAUUCUUCGCAUUAAUAUUACUUUUAUAGCAAUGGAAUUGUGCUAAUAGAUUUUUCUGCUUGACACCUGUUUAAGUUAGAACUGGAAGAAGAAUCAACUCUGGGUCAAAAAAAUUUGAGAAAAUUUGGGGGGCAUCAUUUGUCAAACUUGUACAACAGUGAAAGGUGUGUAGGGAAAUGAGACAACCUUUGGCAACCACUGAUAUGGAAUUAACUAUGUGUAGAACUAAGAUGUGAUCUUUGGUUUACAUUUUUGUCAAAUUAGAUUGACGAAAAAGGACACGCUGUCUUUAAUACAUAAACAGAAAGGAAACUCCCUUACAGGUGCCAUUCAUAGAGGUGUUAAAUAUCACUUAAGCUCUAGCACCUAUCAUUUUGAUUAAGCCAGAGGGAUUUGAUGUAUUAGCUUACAUUGCUUUGUAGUUCUAGAGAAAAUGUGUGUGAUGUCUAAGCUAGCAAUGUGAUGGCAGGACCCAAUUCUUCUUUUCUGAUCAUAAAAAAAGCAACUGAUUAUCCUUACUGGAAUUCCUUAAACUUUGAUAAAUCUUUGGCUGAGAGAGAUCUUAAAUUAUUUUAUUUUGAAAAGUUUAUCCACAGUUGCUAAAAGAAGAGUUGUAUGAAAAUGUUCAUACAAGUUUAAUCAGAGCUAUCACUGCUAUUUCUUGUACUUCACCAUCAGUUACAGGUCUGUAACGCUGCCAGUGCAGAACCUCGGAAAGGCAACAGCCUGCAUCUAUCUAUAACUAUAUACAUACACCCACUAAUGCUCAACCACGGGCUUUUCCAGUGCUAUAAUUAAUUAAAUUAAAUUUGAUCAAAACUUCAAGGACAACAACUAUGAUAGACUCAUAGUAAUCGUUGCCUUGGAAAGCCCCAUACAAAGCGUAUUCUAAACCAUACUAGGUUUUGUCCAUAGGUUGGGGGAUGCUUCACGAUGGAUAAAGCCAUACAGCAUCCCAGUGAGAUUCUGUUUAAUCAGACUCUCUCUAAUAUUAGCUAUUCUCAGUUUUUGAACUUUGAUACGUGCCAGCCUUCCUUCCUUGCAGAAUUUUUGCUCAUUACAGCCUACGCAUUAGUUACAAUAGUGGGGCUUUUUGGAAAUCUUUGCUUGAUUUUUAUAAUAAAGAGACGGAAAGAAGCUCAAAACGUUACCAACAUUCUGAUUGCCAACCUCUCUUUAUCAGAUGUUUUGAUCUGUAUCAUGUGUAUUCCUGUCACAGUUGCAUAUACCUUAAUGGACUACUGGAUAUUUGGGGAAGCUAUGUGUAAAGUAAGUUCUUUUAUACAAAGUAUAUCCGUCACAGUCUCCAUUUUCUCACUUGUACUGAUUGCCAUCGAGAGAUAUCAGUUAAUUGUGAACCCACGUGGCUGGAAGCCUAAUAUUUCACAUGCUUACUGGGGAAUUCUUUUCAUCUGGGGGUUUUCCCUCAUAAUAUCCAUUCCUUUUCUAGUAUUUCACCAAUUAACGGAUGAACCCUUCAAACAUCUGUCUGUCCAUAGCGAUUUCUACAAGAACAAGGUUGCUUGCAUCGAAGCAUGGCCAUCUGUUACAGAGCGACUGAUUUUUACCACUAGUCUGCUGGUUUUCCAGUACUGCUUCCCACUGGGGUUCAUUUUUAUCUGCUAUCUCAGGAUAUUCGUAUGUCUUCGAAGGAGACACGGUAAAAUAGACAGGUUGAGAGAGAAUGACAGCAGACUGAGUGAAAACAAAAGGAUUAAUAUGAUGUUGAUAUCAAUUGUUGUCACUUUUGCAGCUUGCUGGUUGCCUCUCAAUAUAUUCAAUGUUGUUUUUGACUGGAACCAUGAGGCACUAAUGAGCUGUAAUCAUAACCUGGCAUUUACAAUAUGCCACCUUGUGGCCAUGAUCUCAACAUGCAUCAAUCCUGUCUUCUAUGGAUUUCUCAACAAGAAUUUUCAGAAGGAUUUGAUGUCGUUAGUCCACCACUGCAGAUGCUCGGCAUCACAAGAGGAGUAUGAAAAUAUUGCCCUUUCCAAUCUGCAAACGGAUGCGUCUAAGGGAUCUCUGAAAUUAAAUAAUCCCCCUGUGGUUAUCUAAAAUAAUCCAACAUCUCGCAACAUUUUGUGUUUUGUUGCAGAUGACCUCUUUCUGUAGGUCUUGAUCACGUUACCGCUGGGUUUAGAGGAAGCCUUUGCCAUUUAGUUCAGCAAAACCAGGAUUACGCUCCCAUAGGCAUACUCUUAACAGGUACUUUAUGAUAGUAUCAAUAAUUAAUAAACCACUUCCAAGAGUCCUAAAGAUCAAUAAUAAUGAAUUAUAAACUGUAUUAACAUCUUACUUUUUAAUCCACAACUUCCAAGUCACUGGCAUACGACCUUAGCACCAGUAAAAAUAUUUCCAAUUCGGCCACUGUUACAGUUUACCUGGCUUCACCAAGUAAACCAUGAAUACUGGGGCAUUCCUGACUUCAUCAGCCUUUUCAUAGACUGUUUUCUGGCCUUUUAAUUUUCCAACUCUACGUUGUUCCCACCUCUGGUUAAUCUGUACAACAGUUCGUAGGCAGAUCACACUGGAAGGCAGAUCCUUUAACUUUCUUCCAUCCCUGGCAUGCAGUUUGCCAUGAUUUAGUACCAGUUCAGCCUAGAAAUUGUAUUUUAACAAAGAAAAAGGCUAGAGCUGGAUAUUUUUUUUUUUUUUAAUGAGCACUAAUACAGGCUCUAUUUGACGUACUGCAAAUUCCACUCAGAUUAAUGCUGUUCAAGAUGAAAGACAUACUUAGCAUCUCUCCUAAAAGCGCUGUAUUCUGCUCCAAACCACCAGUACAGAUCAUUGCUUCCUCCGCUACCAUCAUCCCUGGCCCUUCAAACCGACCUUUUAGAAUCUCCAUUAUCAAACACACACACUAGGAAUUCAGAGUAAGUUUUUUUAGCUGCUUAUCCAGUUUAUAGGUUCCUCUCUGAGUAGAAAAUUAGGUUUAUGUUUUAAUUUCAGAAAUAUCUUUCUCCACAUUUCUGCACUAGCAAGAGGCCACGCUUGAGGCACGUGUUGUCAUUUCUGUUGGACUCUUGUUUGAAAACAAUUUCUUUUGCAACACAGUGCAUAGAAGCCUAAAGGUGUAAUACUGAACACAACUUUUCUCAAAGUAACAUAUUUUAGAAAACACUUUGCAAUAUGGCCAUAAAAAAAUAACCAAACAUAUUCUUCAUCCAUGCUACAGUGCCAACAUAAAUAAUUGGUCAACAUUGGGCUGUUUAAAUACAACAUUUAGAAUACCUCA